ACGGUAUCGAGGCUCUUCUUCUCUGCACCGGGCGACAAUCACACUUCCGUGAUCCUACGACAAUUACACCUCCACGAUCCUAUGUGCGGGAGUACAGCUAAACGACAUUUGGUCUCGCUCUGGAGGCGUGCUGCGAGGCUUGUCCCCUGGCAGAGGUCGACCCUCAGGCUGCCGCCAGAGAUCAUGCUCAUGGUUAUCAGCUACCUGCCACCCGAAGCAGUCCUGUCGCUUGCCCUCACCUGUCGGUCGCUCUACUGUUCUUAUUUUCCCGAGUCGCCAAUUCUCAACGCCCGCUCGAAAGCCGCACUUCUCACACUACUCGAAAGGGACGUCCCGAAGCUUCUGUAUUGUUCCGAGUGUGCCAUCCUCCACCCAUGGCGGCGGGUAGUACACGUGCUGCUUUCUGGCGUCAGAAGCGGUAAUUUAUGCAAGACAAGAGGCUUUAACCCACCCUCACAACUUGGAACGCCACCGUACCUCCAUGCCCGGUUAAUCAUGAACCGUCAUCUAUAUGGGAACGCCCACGGCUUCCCCGUGGGAAUAUUUGACAAGGAUGCAACCAAUCUCUUUGCAGGAUGUUUACCUGUAGACUGCAGGUCCACUUGGCAAGCACGCAUCAUUGACGACGAGCUUUUCCUAUACAUACACGAGACAGCAUACCCUCCGGAAGGUGAUAUGUUCAAACUUGAACAAUGGCUCAUCAACGACAACAGAGGACGUAUAUGCAAACACGGGAUCGUGUGGAAUCUCCCUCGUUCCACCUCCCGGUCAAACGUGGAACCUGGUGCCGAGCUGGAGCUCUACGACGGACGCCGCAACCCUCACCCCCUGCCCGCGUUCCUGGCCAAUAUGCGGCGCAAUACAACCCUAUCGUGCCCGCUAUGCCCAACAGACGCCGAAAUCACGACCAAGUGGCAUGGCGGACGCAAAAAGUGGUCCGUCGAGAUGAAGACUUGGAGGCAAUUCGGAAAAUGCCGCUCUCCCUCCGAUCCAAUGUGGCUAAGUUUGACAUUCACAGACCACACGGCACCUCCUUGGGACCGUCAGGAAGAGGGAUAUCCGCCGGGGGCAAUCAGAUACAAAUGGAACAAAUCAGACAAGGGGCUGGCGGUGUCCAGACAAAACAAGGAGCCGCAGGUCAUGACUGACUGGGUGCUUCUUUAAUCCUGCUACGGAUGGCAGAUAUGGACUUCGUCGGACUUAGAUGAAUAUAUUGCUAGGAUCUA